UAUAAGAGGCCAAUACAUUUCCACAAUAACUUCACACUGGUAACACGCAUAACACGUGUUUUAAUGUUACCCAAAUAAAUAUAAUGGAAGGUGAAAAUAAGGGUACUAACAUACAAAACCAAGGGACGGAUUUACAAAAGAAACGUAAGAGAAAAAAACGAGGAAAACAAAAAAUAAUCUCUGAAGAUGUUGAUAAUGGAUCAUGUGUGUCAAAUAUUGUUGAAUUGGACGCACCGGACAACGCCAACACAGUAGAAAAUAUAGAUUUAAUUACUAACAAGUGGGAAAUAGAUGAAAAUCCACGCUUUGAUAAGAACACAAACGAAAAUACGGAAUAUCAUGAAGUAACAACUGAUACGCUCCAUUCACAGAGCUCGUCACAGGUUAAGACUUGUGAGCACUUAUUCUCAUAUAGUAAUAAUAACGACCCACCUGAUUACGAACAUUUGAAAGAUGAAAAUUUAAGUGCCGACAUCAAAAACAAUAUUGUAGUACAAAAUCUUGUCACUGACGGUAUACCGUCAACCUGUGAAAAUCCAAGUACAAAGGUACUCCAUGAUGGCAAUAAAUUGAACACACAAUUAAGUAGCGAAAGUGAUACAAAAUUAAAUCGUUCCAUCUCGAGUACUACAAAAAAUUUAAUACAACUUUAUAAUCCAAGGGCGUUACCCAAAGAAUCUGAAACUUACGAAUUAGAGAAAUUUGACAAAAAUAAACUUAUAAUUUUCAAUCAAAUAAAGUUUGGCCAAUACGAGAGACUAGGCACGGAGGCAGAUUUGAAAUCAUUGAAGACCACGUUUGAAGCUUUUAACUUUGAAGUACAGGAUUACCCGGAUCCAACUGUUGAUAAAAUCGAAGAAAUUCUUAACGAAAUAAGUGUUACAGACUACUCUGACUACGGCUGCUUAGCUAUUGCGGUCCUGACGCAUGGCGGCAUUGAUGGCAAGCUGUUAGCUGCAGACGGUGACUAUUAUGAAAUAAAAAUCAUAAAUUUUCUGAAGACGCACAAGAACCACAGCUUAAUCACAAAACCUAGGUUACUUUUCGUACAGGCGUGUCGUGGACCGAAUUCACUUAUUGGAGUACCAGUUCUGCAACCCGGGAAAGUACAAAGCAAUUUAAUCUAUGACACCGAACCCUACACGUUACCCGUAGAAGCGGACAUGCUCGUCGUACACAGCUCUUAUGUAGGGAAUAGAGCGGUCAGACACCAGCGUGAAGGAUCGUGGUUUAUACAAACAUUAUGUAAAAAAAUCAAUGAAAUGGCGUCGACACACGACUUGGAAACAAUACUAACUCAUAUAAAACGCGAAGUAGCGAUUGAUAAAGAAAAGAUAAUAGUGAACAGAGUGACCAAGGAGCACGAAAUAAACAAACAAAUGCCUGUAGUGACAACGACACUCAUAAGGAAACUGUAUCUGAAGAGAAGUGCUGCUGAAGAAAACGCGUUGAAUACAAAUGGGAUGCCGACCGACGUAGCGGUGGACUCGUACAAUACUGGAGCCAACCCGAAGCCAGAGCUGGAGAAUUGCCGGUGUAACCUGAACUACUUUGAUUAUAUUAAAGAAUGUCUCAGGCACUUCUUGCAAGACAAUAACGAUUACAAGGACACUACAGGCCGAUCGCUACUCAAUCUUACGGACACCUUAAAAAACGAGGAAGCAUUUAAUGCAACGAAGGAAAAAUGUGCGAUGACUAUAGCUGAUUAUUUAGAAACGAGGGCGAAACACUGCCAACAUUAUAAAUAUAUAUACAUAAAUAAAAAAUAAAAUUUACUAAAUAGGUUUGUUACUAA